CUAAUGCAUAUCGUCCACAAGCAUUCCUCAUCUUCAAAAUACACUUGCAAAAGAAUUUUCUCUGUCUAGAUCUAUCUCUCUGAAACCAUGGAAGGAGUGUCUUCGGCAGCCAUUGAAGUUCUUGUUCAAAACCUGAUCAACCUUUUCAAGGAUGAGUACUCUCUGCUUCGAGGUCUCGAUAAAGAUGCUCAACAGCUGCAGAGGACUUUGGAGACGAUUCAAGCCUACUUGAAUGACGCUGAGAAGAAAUCCAUCACCCAAGAUUCUGCCAAGAUCUGGUUGAGGGACCUUGAAGCCGUGGCCUUCGAUGCUGACAACGUCUUGGAUGAACUCAGCUAUCAUCUUCUCCACAAAAAAGUGAAGAAAAUGAAGACUCCCAAAGGCAAGGAUAAGGUACUAUCAUGCUUCUCUCCAUUUAAUGGCAUUAUGCGCCGUCGUAAUAUGGCUCACACAAUCAAACAAAUCAAUACUACUUUUGAGUCUAUGAAGAAAACAGCAACAGAGCUUGGCCUUGAAAGCAUGGUUGUGAGUGCACCUGAUGCUGUUGCUCAUACUUCUAUUGAGACGGAUUCGGUCAGUCUUGAUCCAAUCUUCAUUGGAAGAGAUGAUGAUGUGCCUAAACUAGUUCACAUGCUCACCCAGAUCCAGGAUGAUCGGAUCUUUUGCAAGGUUGCUCUAGUCGGAAUGGGGGGUAUGGGGAAGACUACGUUGACUAGGAAAGUCUUUAAUCACGAAAGCGUAACGGCUCGAUUUGGAUCACUUAUUUGGGUUCAUGUUUCCCGAACUUUUGAUCCAAUCAGUCUUUUCAAAAAAAUCCUUUCAGCAUUGAAUUCAGAUAUUGGUGGUGGAGUUCAGAGCAGGGAAGUUAUCCUGAAAAGGCUUAAAGAAGUUCUCAACUCUAAAACUUAUAUUCUUGUUCUUGAUGAUGUCUGGAAUGAAGAUGUUCAAAUGUGGGAAGACUUUAUAAAUUCCAUGUCUGGAGUUACUUCCACUACGGGAAAUGGCAUUUUGAUCACCACCAGGAGUAAAAAAGUUGCUUCAAUUGUUAACACAUUUCAUAUUCAUCAUUUGAAUCGCUUAUCAGAUGAAGAAUGUUGGUCCAUAAUCAAAGCCAAAACUUUUGAUGAAAAUGGUGAAGUUCCAUCCGGAUUUGAGAUGAUUGGAAGACAGGUUGCUAAAAGAUGUUGGGGUUUGCCUUUAGCUGCCAAUGUAGUCGGAGGAGUGCUUCGCAGUAAGUCCGAAGAAGAGUGGCGCUUAAUCAAUGAAUAUUGGCUUUCAGAUGCUCAAGGAGGUGAAUAUAUCUCAAAAAUAUUGAAAUUGAGCUAUGAUCACCUCUCUUCACCGUCACUCAAGAAGUGCUUCUCGUUUUGUUCAGUUUUCCCCAAAGGUCGGGAAAUUAAGAAGCAUGACUUGAUUGAACUAUGGAUGGCAGAAGGCUUUCUUCAACCAAGCGAAAGAGAUGACAUGGAGUGUGUGGGCAACAUGUUUUUUAAUGUGCUUCUACAAAACUCUUUGUUGCAAGUUGCAGAUAAAGAUGAGUACGGAAAUGUGGAAAGUUGUAGGAUACAUGAUCUUGUGCAUGAUCUUGCAUCUUCAGUCUUAUCCAAUAUAGCAGAUGGCAAUACCAUAGUUCGAUACAUGUUUCUCAAAGAAGAAUCAAGUUCUAUUCCAAAAAAUGUGGCCAAGCAUUUGCGUACAUUAUUCUUGAAAGGUGGAACUUCUGCUACUUUAUUCUCAAACUUUGAAUGUCUGCAUAAUCUGACUCUUUCGGUUGAUUAUAAAGAGCUGCCCGAUUCAAUUAGGGAGUUGGUACAUUUGAGAAAUCUGAAUAUUUAUUAUACAGAAAUUGUAAACUUGCCGAAAUGGAUUGGUAAACUCCAUCACUUGCAAACAUUAAGAGCAUGCCGGGAGUUAGAGAAUCUGCCAAGUACGUUGAAGCAUAUGUUUAACUUAAGGCAUCUUCAUAUCUAUUCUCAUACAAAGUUGCCAGAGGAGAUUGGGAGAUUAACUAGUCUUCGUACACUCCCUUACUUCACAGUAGGCAAAGAGAAGGGCUUCCAAAUUGAAGAGCUCGGAAGUUUGAAUAAUCUCAAAGGAUCACUAGAGAUUAAAGAUCUGGAGAUGGUGCAUGAUAAGGAAGAGGCUCAGAAAGCAAAUAUGUUUCAAAAGCCAAACUUAAUUGAUUUGGUGUUUGAAUGGAGUGAUGGUAGAGAAGAUGAAAGAAACGAUGAGAGUGUGUUGGAAGGCCUCCAACCUCAUCCAAAUCUGAAGAAGUUGAAGAUUUCAGGAUUCAAAGGAAAAAGAUUUCCAACAUGGACUGAGAAGAUGGCAGUGCCUCAAGGGUCUUGGGUAGCGCUUGCCAACUUGAUUGAAAUAAAACUCUCCAAUUGCUCAGAAAUAGAGGAAAUCCCAAUGGUAGAGCACUUGCCUAAUCUCAAGUCUCUUUCAUUGAAAAAAUUGAAAAAGGUGAAGCUGAUAAAUGUUUCAUCAAAUCAUUUAACGUCCCUCAGAAUUGAAGAGUUAGAUAGAUUGGAAUGUCUGCCAGAAUGGUUUUUUCAUAACAAUCAGGAUCUCUCAUCUUUGUAUAUAUCAAAAUGUCCUGUGUUGAGAGAAUUACCAGAUGGCUUGGACACCCUCCAUUCUUUGGAGAGUUUGCGUAUUUGGGAUUGUGAGAAUCUGAAGUCGAUUGGGAAUCCAAGUGGUGGAGGAAGGCAAUCACAGGCGAUCCUCCGUCAGCUGAUUAUUAAAGAAUGCGGAGAGCUGAUGGAAUUGCCGUGUGAAAUGCUCGAGUCGUGGGCACCUACAAUUGAGGAUCUUGUAUUGGUAGAAUUAAGGAGGCUAAAGAAUCUACCAAUGCUAAUUGACUGCCUCGCUAAAUCCUCUACUCGUCUCACACGGUUAACAAUCAGAGGUGUUCCUAAAUUGAAGGGUGCUAGUAGUGGUAGUGUUGAGAGUUGGGAUCUUAGCAGCUUGAAAACAUUAAGCAUAGAUGUGAGUGUGGAAUGGUCAAGAGAGGAUAGUGUUGGCAUUGCAGAGACUGUGGAAGGAAUGCUGCAAAGAUGCUGCAACUCACUUACUUACUUACAAUUGAAGGGGAUGGAAAAUUGGGAGUGGCUGCCCCAAUCAAUUCAAUAUCUCAUCUCUGUUUCUUUAUUAGAGUUGAGUAAUAUAGGAGUAGAAGAAUUGCCCCAAUGGUUGAGGAACCUCUCAUCUCUAAGACGGUUAUAUCUAAGAUGUUGCAACAAGUUGAAGCGUCUGCCAUCUGUGGAUGAUUCGAAUAAAUUAGGAGGGUUAGAAAUUAGUGAUUGUCCGGAACUACACAUUGAUUCGGAGUGGCGCAGGCAACAUGGCCAUCUGAAAAUCAAUGUUGAUGGCCAGCGCGUGUGAAUGUUUUAGCAGUUCCAGCUGACGAGCUUAGAAAGUCACGGUCUCAAAAUAGACUUGAUAUUCACACAAGACUUGUGAAACAAACUAAGGAAUGAAAAGUUGGAUUUCGCUCGAGUGUUGAUGCAUGUAUAGCAGGUGUGAUUUUGCUUGGAAUCCGGCAAUGGCUUCGUCGAUAGCUGGCGGGUGAGGCAAUAAAGAGGAAGUGGCGGCGACGCUGCUGUGCAGAAGGGUUAUGGGGACGGGCACACCACCCGUGCUGGAGCACACCUGCUGCUCCGGCGCAACCGCUGCCCAACCCGCUGGAGUCUUGGAUUGACACGCUGGUAAGCCCGAUACUUGAGAGUCACAAUUUAAUAAGUAAGUACCAUCUGUCAUAGCAUUGUAUAAAAUAUUUAAGCAUGGUCUUAUUAUCUUUGCCUAAGAAAAAUUGUCAUAUUUUUCUAGUUUUAUUCGUUCUUCAAAUUUAUUCUCUAUCUAUUUAUGAUAAGUUUUUCUUUCUUAUAGGAUGGAACAUAUUUUUCACAAACACUAUUUCGAACA